GUUGGUGGUCGGAGGAACCUUGACAUGUCUUAUGAUGCAGAGAACUUUUUCUAUCCUGGAUUGGCUUUUAAGGAGUUGACAAAUGGAAUGCCAUUAGAAGCCGGGGAUAGGAGACUACAAGGCGCAGUGGAAGAGGAAGAACUCAUAAGAGCAUUGAAAGUGGCAUUUUGGUGCAUACAAGAUGAGGUUAUCAUGAGACCUACAAUGGGGGAUGUGGUGAGGAUGUUGGAAGGAUCAAUGGACGCCAACAUGCCGCCGAUCCCGCAGACAGUUUUGGAGCUGGUUGAGGAAGGCUUAGAUCAUGUGUACAAAGCCAUGAAGAGAGAACUCAAUAAUUUCAGCUCCUUCACCAUCACCAGCCACCCUUCUUCUCGUGCUACGUGUAGUUACUCCACAAUGUCCCCUAGAUAAUCAAAAUUUGAUUGUCAAAGAAAAAAAAUUUUGAUUUUUGAACAAUGCCAUCUUGAAGGUGUCCGCAAGCCUAAAUUUUGUAAAUGCAAAUCUUGGUUUUGCAUUCUCUUUCAAUGUGAUAAAAUCGUUCUAUACUUGAUAUUAAACACAACUAUAGAAG